UAUCUCUCUAGGUUUCGUAGCUUUUGAUCCGAGAAAAUGGAGCUCGAUUUUGACGCUGGUAACUUGCUUGAAGACGAAGCUGCUGAAGUUGAACAUAAUGAUAUGGCUGGAUUUGAAGGGGAAAGAUGUGGGAUCUGCAUGGACAUCAUUGUUGAUAGAGGCCUUCUUGAUUGUUGCCAGCACUGGUUCUGCUUUGAAUGCAUUGAUAAUUGGUCUUCGAUCAUGAACCUCUGCCCUUUAUGUCAGAGAGAGUUUCAGUUGAUUACAUGUGUUCCUGUGAAUGAUUCAGGGGAAAGCAGCAAGGUUGAUGAGGUUCCGUUUUCAGGAGAUGAAGAUUGGUGUGUUGAGGAGGAGACUGACGCCCUCUCUUCUCCUUCACACUAUAUUGACGAAAAUGCAGUUGUCUGUUUAGAUGGAGAUCUCUGCAAGAUACGUAACAGCUUCAAUUACAUUGGAGGGGAUUCCAACCUUGAUACAUCAAUUGCUUGUGAUUCUUGUGACACAUGGUAUCAUGCUGUUUGUGUGGGUUUUGAUCUGGAAAUUGCAUCAGAGGAUACAUGGGAGUGUCCGAGGUGUCUCUCAAGUGAAAGACCGCUCGAAUCUGAUGCUUCACCAAUGGACACAACAAACCCUCCGGAGCCUGAAACCACAAAUGGCGAAUGCUCAGUCGAGGCUAUUUACUCUGGAAAUUUUUCAGUCACAGUUGCUGAUGAUGGCGAGACAGCUCUUGUCGUAUCAACAGUCAAAGCAGACGAGUGGCCUAUGAAACCAAGUGAUACCACUGCGUCGUUAGUUCAACCUACGGUGUACGGAAAUCCUGAUAGCUCGCAGCUGGAUAUAUGUAGUAGGAAGGAUUAUACAGAGCAGGCCCCAGGAAAGUUGGAGUUCACGCAGUCCUUGCCACAUAAUUUAUCAUCUGAGUUACCAUCUGAUUCAAAUCAGCCACUGUUUGCUGCACCCAUGGAGAAUAGAGCAGACCCUGUUACAGGUUUUGAAGAAAAGGAGUGUCUGUCUGUCAAUGUUGAAAAAUCUCUUUCCAGUACAGCCGUUUCCAAUUCAGAUGUUGCUAGUGUUGUCAGCUUAAAGAGAAAACAUUCAGAUUGCAGUGGUGAUGAUGACAAUGCGAAAACUAAGACUGAGAUUGCAGAACGUCUUGUUAAACCAAAGCUUGAGGAAAUGGAAGAAAAAGCUCCCAUUCAGCACGAGAGCAGAUCCCCUUCAAACAAUACAACUGUUGAUAUUUUCAGCAUUGUUAAAGGAUUUGGGAGUAAAAAGAAACCCACGCUUCCAAAUACUGCGGAUAAGUCUUCCGAAGGAGAGAAUCCUGUUGGUUUGAGAGUAAAGAAGAUUAAGAAGACACCGGAAGAUGAUAAAGAGUCAUUGGUUCUGGUUGAGAAACUAAGGAAAGAAAUAAGAGAGGCUGUUCGAAACAAAUCAAUGGAAGACAUCAGAAAAGACCAAUUUGAUCCAAAACUCUUGGCCGCCUUCAGAGCUGCUGUGGCAGGGUCCAAAACGGAUGAAGCAAAGAUUCCGGCUCUGGCAUUGAAGGCAAAGAAGUUGAUGCUGCAGAAAGGAAAAGUCCGAGAGAAUCUCACUAAAAAAAUUUAUGCAGAUUCAAAUGGGAAACGGAAAACUGCAUGGCAUCGGGACUGUGAAGUCGAGUUCUGGAAGCAUCGGUGCAUGAAAACUGGAAAGCCUGAGAAAAUUGAGACUCUGAAGUCUGUUCUUAGCCUCUUGAAGAAAAAACCAGCCGACGCCGAGACAAAUGUUUCAUCUGAAACCCCACAGGCUUCAGAUCCUAUUCUCUCCAGAUUAUAUUUGGCAGAUACCUCUGUGUUCCCGAGAAAUCAUGAUAUCAAACCUCUUGUGGGAUCGAAAGAAACGGGGAUCUCUCAAAACAAUGCAAAAACCACAGGACUGGAAAAGACCUUACCAAAGAGCAGUGAUGUCAAGGGGAGCAACUCAAAUGCUGCUGGAACAAAAAUAAACUCGGGAAGCAAACCGCCUAUUUUUGAGAAUCCAGAUGAGCUGAAGAAAGACAAAAGGAAAUGGGCAUUGCAGGUUCUUGCUAGAAAGAAAGCUUUAGCAGGCAGCAACUCAAGCGAAGACAAAGAAGGCUCUCCUGAGCUCAAAGGGAAUUAUCCAUUGUUGGCUCAACUUCCAGCUGAUAUGAGGCCAAGCCUUGCGACCAGUCGCCAUAAUAAAGUUCCUGUGACAGUUAGACAGGCACAACUAUAUCGCUUGACAGAACAUUUCUUGAAGAAAGAAAAUCUUCUGGAAGUUCGAAGAAGUGCUGCGACAGAACUAGCCGUUGCUGAUGCUAUAAAUAUUGAGAAAGUGAUCGCUGACAAAUCAAGUAGCAAAGUUGUGUAUCUGAAUCUAUGCUCACAAGAAAUACUGCACCAUUCAGAGAGCAAAGUGAUGGACAAUAAUGCUGUAGAAUCAAAUACUUCAUUACCACUGUCUAAUAACGGAAUAGAACAUGUUGUUGAUAAAGAUUCAGAUGAUCUAGCCGUCCUUCAAGCGCUCAGAGCAGCCGGUCUUGUUGAUUCACCACCAAACAGCCCGAACCGUUCAUCAGAAGCUCCUCUGGAUAAAGAAGACAGUUCUUUGGACAAAGCUAGAGAGAUAGGUCCAGAUAAUGUACUGGACAUUGGUUCAUUUCCUGAUGCAGACAUCUUUGGGGAUUUUGAGUAUGAGUUGGAAGACGAAGAUUAUAUUGGUGCUACCAAGGCCAAAAAAGCUUCAGAAACACAGCAGGAUGAAGGUUUGACUAAAGUGAAGGUAGUUUUAUCCACUGUUCAACCUGAGAAAGUUCUAAAUCAAUCUGAAGUCUUAGGGAAUGAAGAAACAACAAUAAACCUGAAAGGGACAACAAAUGGUGAAGAAGAUGGGAAGAGCUUUGUUCCUAUGGAGCCUGUACCUGAGGCCGAGGCAGAGGGCGAGGGAGAAAGAGAGGGAGGUGAGAUCCUUUCUUUAGCUGAGUGUGAAGAACUGUACGGACCUGGGACAGAGAAACUAGUUGAGAAACCUCUCAUUGAAGGAUCAGCGGAUAACGGUCUUCAAGCUAAAGCACCCGAUUCAGAGUGCGAGAGCAACACGCACAGAGAGUUCAUCGCUUCAAACUUCGAGAAAAAACUGCCCAAAAGGAUCCCAAAUUGUAAUCCAAGCGAGAAGCCGUCUAAAGAAGAGAACAGCAAAGCUGAUGGGUUCAGUGACUCCAUCAUCAAGAAGGUUGAGGCAUACAUCAAGGAACAUAUAAGACCACUGUGUAAGAGCGGAGUGAUAAACGUAGAACAAUACAGAUGGGCAGUGACGAAAACCAGAGAGAAAGUGAUGAAGUAUCAUAGCAAAGCCAAGAGUGCCAACUUCUUGAUCAAAGAAGGGGACAAGAUUAAGAAACUCGCCGAGCAAUAUGUUGAAACAGCCGCUUCUUCUUCUGCCACCGGCGCUCACCACAAGGACAAGUGCAAGUGACUAGCAGAUGCGUAAAUUAGAUGACGAAGGAAACAAAUAGUUCAGUAUUAAAAACGUAAAUAAAAUUUUAAGUUAUCUAUCUUUUGUGUUCUCCCAGGCCACUGUAUUAGAACGCAGUUCUUGCCUACGAGUUCUGGAAAAAGAAAAACCUGAAGAUGAAGUUAUAUAUUAAUUAAAUUUAAUGGAAGAGAUUAUUCUCAUCUGUUAUUUUGGUCACUGAAUUACUAGUUUGAGG